UUUUUUUUUUUUAAUCAAAUACAAUUAUGAAAUUAAUAUUAUUUUUGAUUUUUACUUUACAAUUGAUUUCUAUUGUUUUAUCACAAGCAUCAUUGGGAGAAUCAUCUGGUAGUAUUGGUGGUGGUGGUGGUACUUCUCCUAGUGGUGGUGGUGGUAGUAGUGACAGUGGUGGAAAUGGUAGCAUUCAACCUUCUAAUAAUAACCCAACAACUCCUUCUAUUCCUACACCUACACCUACUCCUUCUCAAGUUGAAACUCCAAGCAACUCUCCUUCAGAACAACCUUCUCAACAAUCUUCUGAACAAUCUCAACCGUCAAACCAACCCUCUAAUUCUCCUGAUCCUACUCCUGUUCCUCCGUCUACACCAAGUAACACUCGCUCUCGAGGUGGCAGAUCUCAAUCCAAUAACAACAGCAAUAAUAAUUAUAAUAGUAAUACUAAUCAAGGUACUUCUCCUACAAACAAUCCUCAAAACAAUGAAUCUGCCCCUGAUAGUGGAAAUACUUCAAGUGAAACUAACGUCGGUACUAUUGCUGGUGCAGUGGUAGGUGGUGUCGUGGGUCUUGCUUUGAUUGGUGGACUUUUGACAUGGUUGAAUCGUCGUGGUGGAUGUACGAGUAGAACGAAACGUCGAAAUCAUGAUACUUAUGAUGAUUUUGCUAUGAAGGAUGCUGAAAGCAAUAACAAUAUGGGUUUCCAACAAGACAAUAAUACUUCUGGUAGUUCUCCUUCUGGUGCUGUUAUGACACCUAUUUCACCUUUCCAACGUAGAAUGGCUCCAAUUGCUCCUCAAACAACGGGAUAUAUGAAUUUAGGGAAUGAUGAAUAUUCAGAAACAAGUACAGCUGUUCCUUUGAUGAAUCAAGAUUUGGCUGGUUAUCCAUCUCCUGUUGCUGCUGGCCUUCAACAAGGUGGUGACCCUUACUAUGGUUACGCAAAUCCCGAUUAUACUCAGCAUCUUCCAUCUGCUGGAACGGAAUCUUGGCAACAGCAACAAUAUUAUGGUAAAACUCUUACUUCUCCUCAGUCUGCAAACGUCCAUGAUCAUCAAAUGAAACCAGAUGCUAUAGAACACAAACCUCAUGAAGUUUAGAUAUCUUUAGUAUUAUUUACCAAUAUUAUGUAUUUUAUCCUUUCCUCAUUCUUUUUUUUUUAUCAUUGAUUCAUUUAUUUUUAUGUUUUCCAAUUUUUCUUUUUCAUUUGUACUAUUAUUAUUCCUCUUCUUCUUUUUUUUCUUUCUUUUUUUUUAUUCAACCAACCAAUCAGUCAAUAAAAUUUUAUAUUAUAUAUUUGGCAAUCCUCUUUUAUAUCGAUAAAAAUGCACAUGAUCACUAGCUCCCCAUA